GUUAAACAAACUCCCCGACACGUUUGAAUUUUUAGAAGAUGUCAGGUUUUGACCAAGGAGCGGUGUAUUACUCUGACUCGCUUUUUCAGCACACCGCCGAUCAAGAUAACUUAGCAAAUUUACAGUUUGCCAAGCGGAAAUUCAAAGAUUUUAUACGUCAGUUCAAUGAUGGUGGCUUUGAUUUUAAAUACAGAGAUCAAAUUAAAAAAAACUACGGAUUAAAAAAGUCCUUUAUUGUUGUUAAGCUGAAAGACCUCAACAACUACGACUCUUCACUCACGCAAGAACUGACUCACCAUCCUGGUGAAUACCUACCAGCUUUUGAAGAGGCUGUAACCGAAGUUGCGACCGAACUUGUACGCUCAAGUGACCAGGAGAGCUAUGUGGAGCCUGCUCAGGUGUUGUUUGAAUGGGACACUAAUGCUGUCAGCCUCAGAGAUGUGCAUUCUGAACAGGUUUCAAAGCUGGUUAAGAUCUCAGGUAUUGCCAUCAGCUCGUCAAGUAUCAGGGCCAAAGCCAUCCGUCUCAGUUUGCAGUGUCGUGGUUGUCGGCAGUUCCUGCCUAAUCUCCCUGUGAAGCCAGGAUUAGAAGGUUUCGCUUUACCACGGAAGUGUCCAAGCACUCAACCUGGCGGACCUCAGGUUGCCAGAUGUCCGAUUGAUCCCUUUUUUAUUGUUCCUGAUAAAUGUCAUUGUGUUGACUUCCAGACGAUUAAGCUUCAAGAAACACCGGAAACUGUUCCUCAUGGGGAGAUGCCUCGCCACGUUCUUUUAUAUUGUGACAGAUAUCUUUGCGAGCAAGUAGUUCCUGGGAAUCGUGUUACAGUAGUUGGUGUAUAUUGCAUCCGUGUCACCGUUGCCAAUAAGCGUCCAGGUGCAAAUGAACGAUCAAAUGCUGGUGUUCGUCAACCAUACAUACGUGUCUUAGGACUAUCCAUUGAUACAGAAGGUCCUGGACGUAGUGCAUUAGUAUCUGGUGGUACAGAUGCAACAGGUGCAUCUGCAACUUUAACAGAAAACCAAGAAGAAGAAUUGAUUUCUUUAGCCAACUCACCAAACAUUUAUGACAGAUUGGCUCGAAGUAUCGCUCCAUCUAUAUACGGUAGUGCUGAUAUAAAAAAAGCUAUCGCUUGCCUUUUAUUUGGAGGAUCACGUAAACGUCUUCCAGAUGGACUUAUGCGUCGUGGUGAUAUAAACAUGUUGAUGUUGGGUGAUCCUGGAACAGCUAAAUCACAGCUUUUAACAUUUGUAGAACGAUGUUCUCCUAUUGGUGUAUAUACUUCUGGCGAAGGUAGUUCACGGGCUGGUCUCACAGCUUCUGUUACCCGAGAUCCGUAUACUCGUAACUUUAUAAUGGAAGGUGGAGCUAUGGUGCUAGCUGAUGGCGGUGUUGUUUGUAUUGAUGAAUUUGAUAAAAUGCGUGAAGAUGAUCGUGUUGCUAUUCAUGAAGCUAUGGAACAACAAACUAUUUCAAUAGCUAAGGCUGGAAUUACAACAACACUAAAUAGUCGUUGUUCUGUAUUAGCUGCUGCUAAUAGUGUUUAUGGUCGUUGGGAUAAUACAAAGGGUGAAGAUAAUAUUGAUUUUAUGCCAACAAUUUUAUCACGUUUCGAUAUGAUUUUUAUUAUACGCGAUGAACAUGAUGUCCAACGUGAUACCACUCUAGCAAAGCAUGUUAUGCAAGUUCAUUUACACGGAAA